AUGCCCCCAGAACGCCAACCCGCCCAAAAAAGAAGACAACUUCCCUUCAAACCUCCCAGUCGACAAUCCUCAGUCACAGCCGGCCCCUCAACAUCCGCAUCCGCGAAACCAAAACCCCAGACAAAAUCCAAAAUCAAAGUCCCCGCAAAAAAACCCACCACUAACGCAAAAGCCUCAUCAUCCAAGAUCUCUCGACCCUCUACAAGCUCUACCCGCACCGAGACCGAGGCCUCGGAAUCCCCCGCCGCAGCCUCAAACUCGGAUUCCGAAGCUAGCUCCGGCUCCAGUCGCUCGAGCUCUCCCUCUGAAGAGCCGGACUAUAUCCUUGCGGAGAUCAUUCAUGCGGAUGCUGAGGAGAAUGAUAUUCUCUCGAGUGAGCCGGCUAUUCCGCCGAAGUUGCUGACGAAGCUUGUUCAUCAUCAUUUUAAGGGUCAGAAGACUAAGAUCGCGAAGGAUGCUAAUGAGGUUGUGGCGAAGUAUGUGGAUGUUUUUGUGAGGGAGGCGUUGGCGAGGGCUGCGUUUGAGAGGGCGGAGGGGGGGAAGGGGGUGGAGAGGGGGGUUGGGGAUGGGUUUCUUGAGAUACCAUGA